AGAUUGAAGAACAGUUCGAGAUUGGCACUGAAGUCGCAACUCUCGGUGUCUCCCUCUUCGUCCUUGGUUUCGCAGUUGGUAUGUCUUUCCCCUCGUGGUGGCUUUGGACCCCAAGCAUAUGGCUAACAAUCACAGGUCCCUUGCUCUGGCUCUCACGGCUUUCAGCGCAGGUAGUGCCGGUUCGCAAAACACCGCGACCCUCAUCAUCCUUCGAUUUUUUGCUGGCUCCUUUGGGUCCUCUCCCAUGACCAAUGCAGGUGGUGUCAUUGCCGAUAUGUUUGCUGCCAAGCAACGUGGUAUCGCCACGAGUCUGUUCGCUGCUGCCCCAUUCCUUGGUAGGUUUCGAUUCCCUCACUGUAGCCCCAUCGCCUGCAGCUAACAGUUGCAACGCAGGUCCCGUCUUGGGUCCGAUCAUUGGCGGCUUCCUGGGUAUGAACGCUGGAUGGAGAUGGGUGAUGGGUUUCCUGGGUGCCUUUUCCGGAGUCGUCUGGAUCAUCGGCUCGCUCACCGUCCCCGAGACAUAUGCGCCUGUCCUUCUUCGUCGCCGUGCCGAGAGAUUGAGCAAGCUCUCUGGUAAGGUGUACCAGAGCAAGCUUGACAUCGACCAAGGCAAGACGACCCUCAAGCAAGCCUUCAAAGUUGCACUGUCGCGCCCGUGGCUCUUGUUGUUCAAGGAGCCGAUUGUGUUCCUUUUGUCCCUGUACAUGGCCAUCGUCUACGGCACCCUGUACAUGUUGUUCGACGCCUACCCGAUUGUCUUUGAGGAGUACCGUGGGUGGAACCAGGGUGUUGGCAGUCUUCCCUUCUUGGGUAUCAUGGUUGGCAUGAUGGCUGCUGUCGCCUACAACAUCUUCGACAACAAGCGCUAUAUCAGGACUCAGGAGAAACACGGUGGGUUCGCUCCCCCGGAGGCCCGUCUGCCCCCAUGCAUGGUGGCGUCCUUUGCUGUUCCGAUCGGUCUCUUCUGGUUCGCAUGGACCGACGCUCCUUCGAUCCACUGGAUGGCCAGUGUCGCCGCCGGUGCUCCCUUCGGCUUCGGUCUGGUCCUGGUGUUCCUAAGCAAUCUGUCUUACCUGAUCGACACUUACACCAUCUUUGCCGCGUCCGUCCUGGCGGCCAACUCGGUGAUGCGGUCCGUCUUCGGUGCCGUGUUCCCUCUGUUCACCACCUACAUGUAUGAGAACCUGGGUAUCCACUGGGCCACCUGCAUUCCGGCAUUCUUGGCCCUCGCCUGUGUCCCGUUCCCCUUCCUGUUCUAUAAGUACGGCGCUGCGAUCCGCACUCGUUGCAAGUACGCCGCCGAGUCCGACGCCUUCAUGCGCAACAUGCUUGCGCAGUUCGCGAAGCAGCCCGAGCCCCAGGAGGAAGUCCAGGCAGAUGAGAAGUUCGACCGUACUGAGGCCCCAGCCGCUGAGGUCGACGCUGGCGACUCCGACUCGAGCACUGAACAGUUGCCCGCGGUGCACCGGAUCAACACCAAGGCCUCGACUCGUUCGGCAAAGCAGUCCCUGUACGAGGGAAGCCCGUAUGACAUCGACCGGGUGAACACCCGCGAAUCCUUCAAGCAAUAAGUCACGUUCUCCCCGGAGACGGACUCGACUUAGUCCACGAAAGGAGACAUCUUGUGAUACCUCUACUACCGACCCUGUGAAUAAUCUUAGUACUUAUUACUCCACUUCCCCCCCACUCCGACUCCUCGUUAUAGACACGAUCCGUGUCAACGCGAGAUGUGAAUGAUGGCAAGAAAGCAAAAAA